CACGUGAGCUGUAGGUUUACCAGCCAUGGCUGCUCCCAUCGCUCUCAUUCAAGGUGCCAGCAGGGGACUGGGGCUUGAAUUCUGCAAAUACAUAUUAAAAAACCAAAGCCUCGCUGCUGUCGUAGCGACAUGCAGAAACCCGGACGGAGCCGCGGAGCUGCGGGGACUCGUCGGCCAACACCCGGGCAGAGUCACGGUGCUCCAGCUGGACGUGAACCGGGAGGAGGACAUCCGCGGAGCCGCAGACCAGGUUAAGCAGACCUUCGGUCGGCUGGACCUCAUCGUCAACUCCUCUGCCAUGCUUCACCCCUCUGGGAAAGGAGAGACCAGCCUGAGGGACGUGACUGCACAGGGUAUCAUCUCCACUUUGACGACCAACACGGUGGGUCCCCUGGUGAUGGCCAAGCAUUUCUCCCCCCUCCUCCAGAAGGGAGGUGGUGGUUUCGGUCAGCAGCCUGCAGAGAAAGCCAAACAACACAGCGGCAUCAUCGUCAACAUCACGGCCAAAGUGGGAUCCAUUGGCGACAACGGGCUCGGUGGGUGGUACAGCUACAGGAUGUCUAAAGCAGCUCUCAACAUGGCAACCAGGAAUCUUUCUAUAGAGCUGGGCCGCGGUCGACCCCGGGUGGUGUGUGUGUCUGUACAUCCAGGAACAGUCAACACAGAUCUCUCUCGGCCUUAUCACAAGAAUGUGCCAAAAGACAAGUUGUUCAGUCCUGAGCACUCUGUGAAGUGUCUGAUGAGUAUCAUAAACUCACUAAGUAUCGAAAAGACUGGGAAGGCGUACAACUGGGACGGGACUGAACUGCCCUGGUAGAAUCGAUGGGGACAAUAAGUGAAAGUAUGCACCGCUGUUCUUUGAACAAACUCUCCAAGCAGACUGUGCUGAGAUAAGGUGGACUCCCCGAUCGAAAGAAUUGAAACAUGUCCUGCACCAGAGGUAUUUCUGUGUCGCAAACAAACCUCCUUCGCUACCUCCAAGGCAAAGUGCAUAAAUGCCUUUCGUUGUCAGUAACACCAUCCUACAACAGCCUGAUGUGGCCUUAAGAUUUCUUAGGAUUGUAACAUAUCUUGAACUGAUGCUCAUUUUGUUGCUAUAAAUACUGUAAUAUAUA